ACAGACAGCGGACGGGGGAAGACCCCGGAGCAGAAAACCGUGUGCAUUCACAAUAUACAUAAUUGUUGAUUAUUUCCAGUAAAGUGGGCGGGUAACAUAGUAGGCGGACUAAAUCAGUGUAUAGGAUCCCUUAUCUAACCAUGUCCAAGGCGGAGGAGAUCCAACGUGCCACCGAGGCAACACCGCUUGAAACCGAAUGGGUCAGAAACCGUUCCCAGGAAUAGGCUAAUAAACCAAUGACGUUUCCUCCUUUUUCCUCUUCGAUUGAAUGUUUUCAUAUAUGCCUCUCUCUGCCGUCGGAUGAGCCAGCCUGAAGUUAAGAUUCACAAGCGUAAAUGUAGUCCGUAACUUACCCCCGCCUGGAUCUUGCCUGUUGAACUCGGUGGAACUCUUGACAGUUGAAAAUGGAGAAAUCCUCAAUGGGGUUGACUAAGACUGGCUCGCGGUCGACCGCAUCUCUCCCCCCAGAACCGGUGGACAUCAUCCGCAGCAAGUCAUGUUACCGCCGAGUACGGCUCAACGUUGGGGGACUUCCACACGAGGUCCUCUGGAGAACGUUGGAUAGGUUACCGCGCACCCGGUUAGGGAAACUACGAGACUGCAACACCCAUGACUCGCUCAUGGAGGUAUGUGACGACUACAACUUGGACGAGAACGAGUACUUUUUCGACAGGCACCCAGGGGCGUUCACGUCCAUUCUGAACUUCUACCGGACCGGCAAGCUCCACAUGAUGGAGGAGAUGUGCGCCCUGUCGUUCAGUCAGGAGCUGGACUACUGGGGCAUAGAUGAGAUCUACCUGGAGUCCUGCUGCCAGGCCAGAUACCACCAGAAGAAAGAACAGAUGAACGAGGAGCUCAAAAGAGAGCAAGACACCUUAAACGACAGAGAGGGAGAAGAGUUCGACAACACAUGUUGUGCCGACAAACGAAAGAAACUCUGGGACCUUUUAGAAAAGCCUAGUUCAUCCGUCGCAGCCAAGAUCCUAGCCAUCAUCUCCAUCCUGUUUAUCGGGCUGUCCACCAUCGCCCUGUCCCUCAACACCCUGCCUGAGCUGCAGGACACAGACGAAUUUGGACAUGCCUCAGACAACCCCCAGCUGGCCCACGUAGAGGCCGUCUGCAUCGCCUGGUUUACUAUGGAGUACCUCCUUCGCUUCCUCUCAUCGCCCACCAAAUGGAAGUUCAUCAAAGGUCCCUUGAACGUGAUCGACCUGCUGGCCAUCCUUCCUUACUACGUCACAAUCUUCCUGACCGAGUCCAACAAGAGUGUUCUACAGUUCCAGAACGUCCGGAGGGUGGUGCAGAUCUUCCGGAUCAUGCGUAUCCUUAGGAUUCUGAAGUUGGCGCGUCACUCCACAGGGCUGCAGUCUCUAGGUUUCACACUGAAGAGGAGUUACAAUGAGCUGGGUCUACUCAUCCUCUUCCUGGCCAUGGGCAUCAUGAUCUUCUCCAGCCUCGUCUUCUUCGCAGAGAAGGACGAGGAUGACACGAAAUUCAAAAGCAUCCCGGCCUCCUUCUGGUGGGCUACCAUUACUAUGACAACGGUGGGUUAUGGGGACAUUUACCCUAAGACUCUGCUGGGUAAGAUUGUGGGUGGUCUCUGUUGCAUCGCAGGGGUGCUGGUGAUAGCCUUGCCCAUUCCCAUCAUUGUCAACAACUUCUCUGAGUUCUACAAGGAGCAGAAGCGCCAGGAGAAAGCUGUGAAGCGGCGGGAAGCACUGGAGAGGGCGAAACGCAAUGGGAGCAUCGUCUCCAUGAACAUGAAGGAGGCGUUUGCCCGCAGUGCCGAGCUGAUGGACGUGGUGGUGGAGAAGAGUGAGAGGCCGCUGACGCAAGACAACCACCUGUCACCCAGCCACUGGAAGUGGACACCUAAGCGGGCCACCACCGCCUCCGAGACCAGCUCGGCCCACUCCUUCAACCCUGUGGAGUCGCAGACGGGUUCCCCCAGCAAGGCCAGGGCCUCCAGUCCUCAGGGGCUCAACCCACAGAAGCUGGAGGAGAUGUAUAACCAAAUGGCAAAGACCCAGUCACAGCCCAACCUCAACGCCAAAGACAAGAGCUCGAGGGCUGGCAGGCAGAGGGAUAGGGAUGAGAUAGAGCUGGGGACCAUCCCUGGGGAUCCAGGGGACCCUAUGCUAGGGGGUCGAGAGGGGGUGGGGGACAUGAAGAGCCUGUCUAGUAUUGACAGCUACAUCAGCUGUGCUGCAGACUUCCAAGAGAAUCCACGUGGUGUCUACGCCCAUAGUCCAGCCUACGGCCUGGCCCUCCUGGCCCAGGAGACCAGCCGCUUCUCCCACAUCAACCCAGUCACGGCCCUCUCUGGGCGGGUCAGCACCAACCCUGGCCUCCAGACCACCCUGGAGCAUGAGCCCUUGCUGGAUCCACUCUCUGCUGUGAAGCCUGCAGGUUCUGGCAACACUCGUAACUUUAACAACCCUCUAAAGGGUGGUGGCCUUUCCUACAAGGUGAACUACCGGAGCAGUGGAGGGGAGUCAGUGCCAGGACCAGGCCCAGGCCCUUCCCCCAGCAGCGGUGGUCCUCUCUCAGACAGUUCCGUCCUGUCUGACCGCUCCCUGCUCAGCCCAGAGACGUCCAUCUACACCACGGCCAGCAGCAGGACACCGACCAAGUCCCCUGACAGCUCCACCCUAACCACAGCCCUGACCUCCACACCGGCCGUUUUCACUUUCCACGACUCCUCCAUCAGUAAGUACAUUGACGCCGACACAGACGAAGACGAGCACCUGCGGGACAUGUCGGAGGCCACCAGCCCCUCGGAGCGCCUGCUGGCCGGCUCCAGUCCCCCCAAACACAGCAGGAACAUCAACAGCGGCUACAACCAGAGAGGCAUCAACCACCUGGCACCAAGCACCACCCAGCGGAUGCUGGGGCAGAACUGCCUAUUCCCUGGCUUGGAUGGGGGGACGCGGGGGAGCGGGGGCCACACGGAGAACCAUGUGGUUCCAGAGCUGCCCCGCAGGUCCAAAGGGGACAGAGGAAGGUCUAGUACCAUGGACAAGAGUCUCUGAGCUACAGUUAUAGGGCAGAGCAGAGGAUAGCACAGCCAGCGUUAAGGGCGCUGGAGCAAGGAAGACUUAUGUCAGGGACAUCCAGAGAAACACAGACAAGGUACUGUGUGGAAGGCAGAGAAAGUGAUAGAGAAAGAGAAAGUAAGAGAGUGAAGGAAAGAGACACACUGUGCAGAAUCCCUUUACAAACUGACAGAAAGGGCCAUGAAGGGAGAGCGAUUCAGGGCAGCGUUUGGGCUGUGGUGUGGUGUUCAAUACUAUGGGAAAAGACUUGCAGGACAGAUAAAGAACACUCUCCCUCUUCUCCCCCCCCUUCCUGUUAGCCACGGUACACAAGCUACCACAGAACUGGGCAGAAAACUCCCACAAACCCAACUGAGCAGGGGCCCCACAGGGAGACGUGGGAGCAGGUCAAAGCAGAGCAUGCUGGGAAGGGACAUGGUCUGUUGGUUGGUUGAGGCUGUGGUGGUCCAUUUCAGUGGCUAUGGGGUAAGAGGCAGGAUGAGGGGUGAGGUGGGAAACAGCAAGACAGUCAUCCCCUAUAUUCUCCCACAGGUCUAUAUAUAUCAGCUGACCACUGUCCCAUUCCGCCCCAGCCCAGCUCACACUGUAGAAAACUACACUCUUAGAAAAAGGUUUUCCAAAGGGGUUCUUUGGCUGUCCCCAUAAGAGAACCAUUUUUAUCUUCAGAUAAAAACCUUUUUUGUUCCAAGUAGAACCGUUUGGAUUCCAUGUAGAACCAUCUGUGAAAAGGGUUCUACAUGGAACCCAAAAUGGUUAUGUUUUGAAACAGAAGGGUUCUACCUGGAACCAACCUUUUAGGUUCUAGAUAGCACCUUUUUUUCUAAGAGUGUAGGGAGGAGUUACGGUAGACGCCAAUAAGCUACUUACUAGUGCCCCCCUAGACCCAAACCUGGCCUUAGUCAUAUGUGAGUGUGUGUGUGUGUGAGUGAGUUGGCGUGUACAUGUUUAAAAGAUAUCCACACUUUUAGAUUGUCUCACCUGAUAUUUAUUUUUAUAUAAAUAAAGUAGGUUACCUAUAGACAUUUGUGAUUUGCUAGUCUGUUGUGUCAUGACCAUAACUGUUUGAGUAAUUCUGUAUGACAUAUUUCUAGACAAGUUACAGUUGCUGUAGGUUUUACAAUCCAGACUCAUCUUAGGGAAAACCACAGUCUGUCAAAAAGAGUCUUGUUCUUCUUGGUACCGUUUCUUUAUCACAUAGUAAGAGUAGAGGACCACAUUUGAUCUGACAUUUCUGUCUGUGAAUGUCGUGAUUGUGUGUCGUUUUAUUUUUAUUGCAUUGGGUUUGAGUCAGAGGGGAAUAGUUGAAAGAAACCUAAUCUUUUUGGUAUUAAAGUCAGGAAUCAUAAAUAUCCCUGAAGAUUUUUUUGCAUCAAACACACAUUUAGGAGAGCUCUCCUCCAAGACAUGCAUGUACCAAACAGCCUGCCUCUUCCUCCCAGUCAUACCACCAAGACACAAGGGGCUCCAUUCAAUCCAUAUCGGGGAAACUCAGCGUAACUGCGUUAUUGAAACUGAAAAGCAAUGUUUCCGCGUUAGCAGACAAUGCAUUCAUGGUAAACGCUGCAAGUGUCAGCUCAAUAGGAAAUUACAUUUACAUUUCAAGUGCGCUUUCAUUAACGCUUCAAGCAAUAGAUAUUAAAUAGAGCCCAGAGUUCAAAAGAGUCACUUCAGCUGAUGUGCUGAGAUGUGUAAAAGAAAAAUGACCUGUUUAUUUUUAUGGUACUUUAUAAAGAAUGUGGUGAACAGAUUUAUGAACCUAUAUUUCCAAAUCCAAGCAAACAUUUAUGAUAUAUGUUCAGAUUUAAAGUGAAACAUUGAUAAAGCUGCCAUAACAUGCAUCAUCAUAAUUUUCCUUUCAACAACAUAGAGCCAAAGACUGGUCCAUUUUGAACUGUAGUUGGAAUGAGCGAGAGAAAGAGAAAGAUCCCCCAUACAGUACUCCUUAGGUUGCAGUAUAAGUCUGAACAGCAUAUUAAUUCAAAAGAGGGAAGAGUGUUACUUCUCACUUAUCCAGGAAACCUAGUUACAGGUUUUGAUUGAAUAGCAUGUCUAGUCUUUUUGAGUGCAUCUGCAUUCAUCCACACACAGACAUACAGACAUAUUGAAAGGACAGCCCAUACACAGGUAUACAAUAUCUACAAGAUAGCUCCAGGCCUGCCCAGUUUCCAUAGUAACAAGCUCCAUCCUGGCAAGGCUGAUACCAGAGCUGCAUAGCUCUGCUAAUUGGGGUGGGAAUGUCUAAUUGUAUCAAAAUGCAUGCAUUCUUUAGGUUCACACAGUUUGCACACUCAAACAUACAGUAGUUGUUACACAGGAGUGCACGUAGACAAAGAAACAUCCUGUAACCACCCAUUCCCCCCUGCAUAGUUUUGAAUAAAUGCAUGAUAAUGCAUUCUGAAGAAUAGACGUCACAGUGCAUAGAUAUCACUGAAGAUGCUUAUAAAAAAAAAAGACAGACCCACAACACUGUCCACAUACAUGUCCAUGUGUUCGUCCUUGGCUCUCUUCCUCUUUCUGAGAAAAGUCCGUGUGAAAAGGUGAGAACAUCGCAUCUCCAGAGACGCAUUUUUCGCACCCAUUCCUGUCUGAGCUGGAUCCGAGCGAGGGGAGCUAUGUGAAAAGAAUAGUAAUGACUGUAGAAAGGGCAUAACCUCUGAAACACUGUGUAUGUGUGUGUGUUAUUGUCAUGUUUAAAGGGACUGAUGCUGAGCCGAAGGCUUCCACUUUGUUAGACAUUAACUAGGUUUCUAGCCAACUGGCGACAGAUUUUCAUACGAAUAUUCUAAAAUCCACAUAACAACAAUAUGCGCAUUUUCCCACCAGAGAUGUGUUUCCAUCAAAUUGACUUGUUGCGGAUAAAGGCAUGUGCGUGAUGAUUUAGGCCUAGGGAACAUACAAAAAAAUAAUAUUAUAAAUAUAUAAUAUAAAAUAAAUAAUAUAAUAAUAUAAAAAUAACAAAAUCUAUGUUUAAUGGGUUUCCAUCGCAUUUUCAAAUCUACUGAUGGCUUUGUCACACGAAAUGUUGCGUUAAAUAGCAAGUGUGCCCACUAUGGUUUUGGCAUAUGCGCUCUAGUCAAUAGGCUACCUACCUGCAUGAUGAGUAUAUUAUGGAUAAGAGCGAUAUUAUUUUUAUUUGUCAAACGGCAGCCAAGCAUCGAUCGUCAUGUCAACAGAAUGAGACCCUUGAAAUGUAUUGGAAAGAAGGAAGCUCACCACCGUGCACCUUCACAACCCUGUGAAGUUCACCAUGAUUCAUUUCAUCCGUAGCCUAAUAAACUGCAUGCGUUCCCGAGUCAUAACCGGAGGACCACACAACAUAUCGCAUGACUAAAUUUACUUCGAUCUUAUGGUUAUUAUUAAUAUUUGAGGAUAAAGUGUUUCCACAACCAAUUCUUGCAUAAUUCAUUUUACCAACACAAAAAGAUCCCACCUUGUCUGGCAUAUUCUGUUUUGUCAACAUUUGUAAAGUUUACCGACACAUUUUCUGUUUCCAUCAGGCCUGUCAUGACAUUUUUUUAAAUCCGACAUGUACUUUAAAUUUAUCUGGAAACUUGGUUAAUGUUAACAUCCCACCUUGUUGAACCAACGUGGAAUAGACGUUGAAUUGACGUCGGUGCCAGUGGGAUGGAUGAUUAGAACUGUAGAGUGGACAUACAAUGUUACUGUUUUAUGUUCAUUAUUUUCACAACGCACUUCAAAUCCAUCUCGUUAAAUUGGCUGUCAUCUGUAUAGCGUUGGCUUCUUGUGCACUGUCUAAUACGGAGCUGUGUUGCUGUCCCAUGUUUCACAUAACCAGGCAUCAUGUUAUGCUCUCACUGCAAGAAUACAUAGUGGGAGUCAGGGACAGAUUUGUCACGUAAAAUAUCUCUUUAAAAGAAAGAUGACAAUCAAUUCUUCAUGAAUAGACAUGAUAUACAGUGUAGCAUUGCUAUGAGAUGAUCCUGUGGAGAGUAUUCGGUUGGAAAGACUAACUGGAAAACACAUCAUGGACACUUACAGAAAGGAAAUAGCCACUGAUCGCCUUUACAUAUUUGUUUUGGUAGAAUGAUUCUGGACAAUGUUCUGACAAGGUGAAAUGUGUUUACUGCUAUACUGUGACCACUGACCAAUGUGUUUAAAAAAAGUUUAUGUAAAUUUGCUGCUAGUCUUUGUAUUUUUUUUUCUUCUUAAAGGGCACUUUAUACAUCAGUCUCUCUCCAUCUCUGAGUGAGUCACCCAACAUCGAAACGUCCUGUAGCGUACAAGAGCUUUAACUUUUACUGUAGUCCUGAACAAAAGGGUUUCUGAUGUCAAAGGAUUUGUAAGUGUUAUGUUUUAAUGAGAAAGCACAAUCAAGUGACUCCUUUUAUUUAUCAUAUUUUGAUAAGAUAUGAAUAACAUACAAUUUAGGAAGUAGACAAAUGCCAUUGAAAUUGAUGUUGGGAUUUCAGGGUUAGGGUCCAUUUGAAAUGCUUGGUAAAUUGGAAUUCAAUUCGAGAAUUGGAUUUGGAAAUUGAAUAGAUUUGAAAGAGAUCCCAAUGAGUCAUUCCCAACCAGUCAUUGUAACAUACAGAAAUUCCAGGGAACUGAAGGGGGGAAAAAAAAGAUUUGACAGACUUUCAGACUAUCCCCACCUCUUCUUCUACUGUUGUUUUUGUAGGUCUCCAGGCUACUGUUUGUUUUGUAAUAUUUUUACCUGUCGACUUUCUAAUGCUGUAAGUUGUUGCUGUAUAAAUGUUCUGUUGUUCAAUCGAUGCAUGUCGUAACUUUGGAGCCGUGACUGGGUGUGAAACAUGCACAACGCCAGUUUAACUGUCCUGUAAAAAGUGUCUCAAUGUCCCAAGAUCUUUCUAUUUCUUUUAAAAAGGCAACAUUCCCCUUGGAUGACUGAAAAUUCAAUAAAAGUCUAAUUAAUGAA